GGAUCCCCUCCGGGACCACAGGUGGAGUGGAGCUCAGGGGUCAGGCUCCUGUGAGACCCAGACCUUUAGUGUGAAUGGUCCUCCUGUUCAGCUCCAGCACUGACCCUGGGAUGCUACUUUGAAGCGGGAUAUCGCCUCAGAGCAGGAGCUGGAGAAGAUCCAUGAGCAGGAGCCCUGGGGCUUUUCAGGAAUAUGCAUGCGUAGCCCCUGACAUCAAAAACAACAAAAAUGUCAGCCUUCAAAGAUGUGCUGGUGUUUGCAGCAGUCCUUUCCAUCUUGGGAUUGGCUCAGUGUCAGAGGUUACCAAGUUUUGAUCUUCUGGAGGAGUUUCGUGUUCCUGAGUCAAGAGGGGUGAGGCGAGUGAAAGGAUCUCAACCCGAGGCCCUGGCGUACCGGGUCAACCCCUCCAUCCAUCUACAGAAGGCCAUAAGUGAUGUAUAUCCAGACGGACUUCCCUCCGAAUACUCUGUCAUUGCAACAUUCAAAGUGACCAAAGACACGGCCCGGUCGUCCUGGAACCUGUGGCAGGUCAGUGACCCCGACGGACGGGAGCAGGUCGGCCUGCGUUUCCAGGGUGACGCGCGCUCCUUAGACUUUUUCUACACCAGCCCCCACGGGAGCCACAUGCUGAGGUCCUUCCACGGAGUGGAAAAACUGUUUGACGGACAGUGGCACAAGCUGGCGCUGAGCGUGAAGGGCAAGCAGGUGCGGCUGCUGAUAGACUGCCAAGAGGUCAGGGUGGAGUCCAUCGAUGAGCCGAGGCAGAUCAUUCGCCGAGGAUACACCUCCAUCGUCAAGCGGGCCGUGGGAGACCGAUCAGCGUCUGUUGACCUUCAGCAGAUGGAAGUGUCAUGUGACCCGGAGCAGGCUUAUUCAGAGGGCUGCUGUGAGCUCUCUAAUGUUUGUGGAGGCCAUGCCGAGAUCGGCCUGAUGGCGGGAAGAGCAUCCUGCAAAUGUAUGCACGGGCAACCUGGAGUUCAGGGCUCUCCAGGGCCAAAGGGGCACGAGGGUCUUCCUGGAAAAGCUGGAGACCUAGGAAAACAAGGCAACUGGGGAGUCCGUGGAAAUACAGGAGACUAUGGCAACCUUGGGGAGGCAGGCCCAAAGGGUGAAGAGGGAAUCAAAGGCGAGAAAGGGAUGAGAGGACCCUGGGGCCAAGUGGGAGACAGAGGUCCUAAAGGGCUGAAAGGGUUAAACGGGGCAGCAGGCUUCAAGGGAGUUCGAGGACCUCCUGGAGGCAUUGGAGAGACUGGGAGGCCAGGCCAAAUAGGCACAAAGGGCCUCAAAGGAUAUGAAGGGAUUCCUGGGUUUCAAGGGGUUAAGGGCCAGAAAGGGGCUUCUGGUGCAGCAGGGCGGCUGGGCCCCGGAGGAAAGCAGGGUAUUGUCGGGGAUCCCGGGGAGCGUGGGACUGCCGGAGAGAAGGGCGGGCCUGGAAUCCAAGGACCUGUGGGAAGAGCCGGCCCCAUCGGACCGAAAGGUAUUAUUGGAGAUCCGGGUUUACCUGGCAGAGACGGGGAUCCAGGAAUAGAGGCCUAUCAAGGACCCCAAGGCCUAAGUGGAAAUCCUGGACUUAGUGGAGAAAACGGAGAAAAAGGCACCCAGGGGCCAGCAGGAGAAAUGGGACCCCAAGGCAGAACAGGCCUGAGAGGUUACAAAGGAUCGGCAGGGAAGCCAGGAAGACCUGGAUUUAUUGGCCCACCUGGACGUACUGGUCACAUGGGUGUGCCUGGAAAACCAGGACCCAAGGGUGACACAGGAAUCCAAGGGAUCAAAGGACUCAAAGGUGCACAGGGAGAAAAAGGUGUUAAGGGCCCAAAAGGAAUGGGUGGAGAUGGAGGUGAGCAGGGUCUUCAGGGAGGACGGGGGAAGCGUGGACCUGCGGGCCCACCUGGUCGUUCAGGUCCACUUGGAGUCAAGGGGGUACGAGGUGAAGGAGGACCAGACGGCUUUCAGGGGCCCCAAGGCCCACCAGGCCCAGCGCUACCCGCCCAACACGUGAUCGAAGUCUGCAGGAAAGUGGUGCUGGAGCAGAUGUCCACCUUUGCCAACUCGGUGAAGAGGACGUGCGCUGCUGUUUGUCCUCUCUACGGGGACGUUCCCAUGGGGGCUCCUGGUCCCCCUGGACAGAAAGGACAACCAGGACCUCCUGGGGAACCUGGUAAUGACGGUGAUGAUGGAGAAAUGGGCCUACCGGGAUUCUACGGAGAGGCCGGAGAGCCAGGAGGACGAGGAGAAUCAGGUGACACUGGAGAGCAAGGUGACAAAGGAGCCACAGGGCACGGUCUCCCUGGCUUCACUGGAGAUCAGGGCCCACAGGGUGAGCGUGGAGGUCCCGGCAGAGCCUUCAACGGGCAGCCCGGGAAGCCGGGCGAGAGGGGACAUGUAGGCCGGCCGGGACUCCGGGGCCACGCCGGGCUCAGAGGAGCUCCGGGCGUCUGCCUCACCUCUGGCUGCGCUCAGACAAACUCCACCACCGGGACACCUCAGCAGGCACCGCGGAGGCUGAGGAAUCGCCCUUAGACGGAAGAAAAAAGAUAACAUGUGGACAAUUAAUUGAAUACAGGGGAUAAAACAAUUAAAUAUUUUUUUGUCAGUAUGCAUUUGUUCAAAUACAUUUUCAUGUAAAUAUGCAAAAUAAACUUUGAGAACUGCAGCGCUGUGAUUCGGAGGACGGAGGGAACUUCAGACAUUUGUACAAAAAGACCAUAAUUUGAUUGUUUUAUUUAAAUUGGUUUACCCAAGCUUAAUUUGUGUUUAACGAUCUGCUCUUUAUAAUAAAAACACAAAACAUGACAUGACUGUGAUUAUUACGCAGAGCACUGAGGAAGUGCUCAUUGGGGAAGAAUUUGGAAAAAGGCAGAGACUUUGAAAAAUGAUUUGGUAAGCCAAACAGUCUGCGUAUCAUGUCUAUCAUCAGAAAACUUUAACCGGUCACGUCAACAAACCUGGAGAUCUUCAUCUUAAACUCUGACAGAAGUCG